CGGGCGGGAAGCGGCCCCGCUUGGGCGCCUGGGCCGGGCUCCUUGCGUGGCCGUGUGUUCGGGGAGAAUCGUCCCGGGGCUUUACGUGUGGAGGCCGGGAACGUCCGAGGUGUGCUGCUGAGCCACUAACGGGGAGAGGAGCCCUCCCGCGGGCUGUACCUGAUCUUGUUCUAGACGCUGCAAAAUAAACUGCAAUACUUGGAGACCAUGGCUGCAGAUCCACUCUCAGAGCUUCAGGAUGACCUGAACUUGGAUGAUACCAACCAGUCCCUCAGCCAGCUCAAACUGGCCUCCAUAGAUGAUAAGAACUGGCCUGCAGAUGAAGACCCUGCUUUUCCCAAAUCAGAAGACUCCAAAGGCUCCCCUGAGGCUGUCACUCACCUGCGGUGGGAUGAUCCCUACUAUGAUAUCGCCAGGCACCACAUUGUGGAAGUAGCAGACCAGGGUGCACUUGAUGGGGCCCAACCAGGUGAUGACAAAUAUGGAAGGAAAGUCAUUUUGUUCAGUGCCUGUCGGAUGCCCCCAAGUCAUCAGCUCGACCAUGUGAAACUGCUGGGGUACCUGAAAUUCACACUGGACCAGUAUGUGGAAAGUGAUUACACUCUGGUGUAUCUACACCAUGGCCUGACUAGUGAGAACAAGCCAUCCCUGAGCUGGCUGCGGGAUGCCUACAGGGAAUUUGAUCGCAAGUACAAGAAGAACAUCAAAGCCUUGUAUAUUGUGCAUCCAACCAUGUUCAUCAAGACCCUUCUGAUUCUCUUCAAGCCUCUGAUCAGCUUUAAGUUUGGACGAAAGAUUUUUUAUGUGAACUUCCUUAGUGAACUGGAGGAGUAUGUAAAGCUGGAACAGUUGGGAAUCCCGAGUCAAGUGCUGAAGUAUGAUGAAUAUCUCAGAUCCCUCCAGAAACCUUCACAAGUGCCCCAGAAGCCAACGUCUCCACACACACCACUGGAAAACCAGCAGUUUGGAGUCUCGCUCCAACAUCUCCGGGAGAAGAGCCCUGAUCAGUCUCCUGUUCCCCUGGUAGUCAGAGAGACCAUUGCUCAUUUGCAGGAGCAUGCUCUUGCGACAGAAGGGAUUUUCCGGAGAUCAGCAAACACACAGGUUGUCAGAGACGUCCAGCAAAAAUACAACAUGGGUGUGCCGGUAGAUUUCCAGCAGUAUGAAGAUGUCCAUCUCCCUGCUGUGAUUCUCAAGACCUUCUUGAGAGAGCUGCCUGAGCCCCUCCUCACUUUUGGCCUCUACAACCAUGUUGUCAGCUUCCAGAGUGUGGAAGAAGUGAAUCGUGUGGAUGUCGUUCGCAAAGCACUCCAAAAUCUGCCAGAAGAAAACUACCAUGUGCUCCGUUUCCUGACAGCCUUUCUGGUGCAGGUAUCUGCUCACAGUGACAGAAACAAGAUGACAAACACCAACCUGGCAGUUGUGUUUGGCCCAAAUCUGCUGUGGGCCAAAGAUGUAGCCAUCACCCUAAAAGCCAUCAACCCGAUCAAUACCUUUACCAAGUUCCUGCUGGAUCACCAGAAGGAGCUCUUUGAGGAUGUGGAGGCCUGAUUCCCGGCCAGCCCACACCAGCACACUGUGCCCACCUUCCCACCCUUCCCACCUUGUCUUGGGGCUGUGACCAAGCUGUCUCCAGUACAAAGGGACUGUUGAUCUCCUGGGUGAUGAGCAGAAUGAGGGCUGUGGAGAUGGUGGUGAAAGUGUAAGCAAGCUGGAGACCUGCUGCUCCAGAUGGGGAUGGGAGCUGGUCUCCCAGCAACUGUGUGGAGUACUGCCUCACCUGCCAGUCUGUGCAGCUUCUCCAGGGCUCAUCACCAGCCUGCUGCCCUAUAAGAUGACCAGCCAUCCUUUCCUCCUUCCCUCACAUAUGGUUUUUCUGCCCUCCUGUCCCUUCCCUUCCUCAGCAAAGAUCUUUUUUUGUUGUUUAAAUUCCCAACAGCCCCAUCUUACUCUCCUUGUUUCAGCUGGGCUGUCAGGGCUCGGGCAAGACUCGCUCGGUAUGUGGCACAGAUGUUCUUGCUGUAGGUGCCAUUUUUCUGCACUGAAUGUGCAUUCUGCCUUUCCCCAGGUGCAUCUGAAACACUGAUUGGAGCAGGCAGCCCUUGUGCUUCAGGUACUUGUCCUGUACUUGUAAACACCACUUUAGCCACAAGUUUCUGGCAGGCAAGCGAAGGAUGGGUUCUACAGCACAUGGGCUGUAUAGACCUGCCAGACUGCAACACACAGAAGCUCAAUUUAGCCCAAGCCCCUCUUGGGUCACCCACUCCAGCUACUCUUCAGCUUUUGCUGGGGUGAGGUUCCUCCUAUAGUUAUCCAGCUCAGGUGUUUCUGUCCCUUCAGCAGUAUUUCCAGCCUGGUUUGGUAGGUGCGUGUCAGACCUGGCUGUGCAUGGGUUCUGGCUGGGGUCCUUUCUCAGAUGGGAGUCUGAAUUGCAAGGAGAAAGUGCCCACGUGGCACAGGACUGCUGAAAGUACGAAGAUCGCUGCCUUUCCCUCUCGCAGCAACACGAGGCCUCUUCUACUCCUUCAGGCAUGUGCAUCUGUGCUGACAGACACAGACUGCCUUGGUUGUUUCUUCUCUUCAGUUUGAGCAGAACUUUCUCUAGCACAAUGUAACAGUGAAUGUGGCCUUAGGGGAAGGUCUAGGGACUGGGGCUAACCCUCACUCUGUAGUGUACCAGGCCUGGUUUACAAGUUUCUGCCCAGGUGCUGAGCACUCCUGUGCCAAAGCUGUGAGGGAACAGCUAUUCCUUCAGAGGGCAUUGCCUCCUCUCUUCCUCAGUUCCUUUGCCUUCCAUCCUCUCAUGGAAGCCUCAUGUGGUGCAUCCUAUAUGCUCUGGGCAUGCCUGGAGAAAUUGGAUUGUCUGCAAGGCAGGCAUAGGGCUGGAUGUGCCUGAUGCCUUCCCUGAUGCCUCACUGUUGGUUUGAGGUUGUAGUGUGCAGGUCACCUAGAGCUAGAAGAGAUCCCUCUCCUUAGCCUGGGCCUGAUGGGGUGUUCGUGAGCAGCUUUCUAGCCUUAUUUCUCUGGUGUGUUAUACCUUUAUCUCUUGUGCCCUGCAUGCCUUGGCCAGUCCUGCUUUGUGCUGUAUUUGGCAACAGGGACAAAUGUUUUGGACCAAACAGAACUCAUUUUAUGAAAAGAUACUGGAUGCUAAAUAGAAUUUACUUUUUUGUAGCAUUUUAGCCUGAUUGCAAGUUGUUGCCCCAGUUGUAAUCAAAAUGACAUCUGCUGCAGGGAUGAUGGAAGUUGCUAUUCCUGCUACACUGUGGAACAGGGAUGGGUGUUAACACAGGAAGCCUGGCAGGGCAGUGCAGGUCUAGCAGCUGGCUUGGAGGAGGCAAGCCAGCUUGUGGGUGGAAAUAGUGAGCAAGAAACUGAGCAUUGCUAAGGUUGGAGUGCGAGAUGUUCUAGGACAGGGCUGGGCCCGAUCCUUUCUAGAUACGAGGGGACUUUGUCCUGUGGAGGCUACAAGACUACUUAUUCUCUGUCCUUUGAGAGUAGGAGUCUACCCUGUUUGGCCAAGAGAUACAUACUGGUUUGGCCUAAACCAUUCACAGCAGUAACCAAGUAAAUGUUUUGGAGGUAAAGAUACUGGGCUCCUAAUUCACAUUUGAUCUCUGCUGGAGUAAGUGAGCAGGACCGAUUUGCUGUGCAGUAGUCAUCUGCUGUGAUGGACAGAGGGGACAAAGGUGCACUUGCUGCAGUGUUUGCUUUAGGAGCUGAGGCUUCCUGGGCAUGCUGUGAGGAGGGAGAAGGCUGAAAGAGCCCAGUGCUCUGCAUCCAGUGCUUCAUCCAUGCAGGCGCCCUGCUCCCCAGCUUCAGCAUGUACAGAGAGCAGUGCAGCUGAUUCUGGCCAUGCUUGUAUCUCCCUAGAGGAAAGGCAAACCCAGCUAAUUUCUCCAGGGAGAAAUGAAUUCCAGGCCAGGAACUUGGGAUGGGAUGUGCUUGUGUGCUGGGGCACAAGGCCCGGGCCCUGCAUGCAGCUGCAGAUCCCUUGGCAGGGAGGCCCUGGAGGAGCAAGUGCCAUUCCCAGCCCAGUAGCCAGGAGCAGUGCUGGGAGCUUAGCUGUGCUCCAGGGGGAGAGCAGAGAUUGCUGCAGAUAUCUUGGCUGAACAAGAGCCAGCAGUGUGCCCAGGUAGGCAAGAAGGCCAGUGGCUUCCUGGCUUGUGUCAGAAUCAGUGUUGUCAGCAGGAGCAGGGAAGUGGUUGUCCCUCUGUAUUCAGCACCGGUGAGGCUGUAUCUUAACUACUGUGUUCAGUUUUGGGCCUCUCACUGCAAGAGAUACAUCAAGGAACUGGAGUCUGUCCAGAGAAGGGCAACGAAGCCCUGGAGCAUACGGCUUAUGAGGAAUGGCUGAGGGAGCUGGGGUUGUUCAGUCUGGAGAAGAGGAAGCUCAAGGGAGACCUCAUUGCUCUCUAUAACUUCUUGAAGGGAGGUUGUAGUGAGCGGGGGGUCGGCCUCUCCUCUCAUGUAACUAGUGAUAGGACUGGAGGGAAUGGCCUCGGGUUGUGCCAGGGGAGAUUCAGGCUGGACAUUUGGAAAUACCUCUUCACUGAAGGAGUGGUCAGGUGCUGGAAUGGGCUGCCCAGGGAGGUGGUGGAGUCACCGACCCUGGAGGUGUUCAAGGAACAUUUGGAUUCUGUGUUGAGGGACAUGGUUUACUGAGAACUGUUGGUGACAGGUGGAUGGUUGGACUGGAUGAUCUUGUAGGACUUUCAACCUUAGUGAUUGUAUGAUUCAUUCUGUUCUGUGUCGAGUUUGUUCAGCAGGUGCUGUUUCUUUUUUUUUUUCCUCCUCUUUUUUUAGUGAAUUCCCUAACAUUUCCUUUUUUAGCCAAAUGGAGCCUGGUGCAUCUCCUGCAGGCAGGGAUAACAGCCUGCUCCAGUUCAGUGCCUGCAGGGAGCAGAUCUGGAGGGUGUUCAGGAAGCUGCUGCUGCUCAUGGUGGGAAAGUGCUUGCAAAUCCUGGAAGGGACCCAGUGCAAAUUUCCCCUUUUGUUUGCUGCUCCUCGUGCUGGAGCUGCUGGGGGCCCUGGAGCAGGCACAGUAACCAGGGCUGCUUUUGCUUCUGCUUUUUGCUCUCCUGAACACCUUCUAUUGAGAUAUCCCUUGUGUGACUUGAGCAAGGAACUGGGCCUGCACACAGCCUCUGCCAGUGGGCAGCCAUGCACACCUGCAUCUGCUGAGGCCUGGGGCUUCCAUUGCCUGCACACCUGGGCAGCGUCUGCACAAGGAGCCAGGCUGGCAGAGUGUGGGCCCCACUGAUCCUGGGGGAUGGGGUCUGGGUAGGCUUCUGAUCUUUGGCAUUUUCUUCCUUUCUGUAGAGCUGCCCGAGAGUCUCCUCCCUGGUUUGUCUUUCAAGUUAGUAAGCCAUUUCUCCUUGUGGAGGUGAAAAAAUGGUUCUGCUCCAACCCUCUGCUUUUUAGCACCUAGCUUAUUCCCCUCUGCUAAGACCUAGCACUGUCUUCAUGGCCCCGUGUCGCUCUCUGACCCAAGUUGUACAGUGGGUGGUGCAGAGGGGGCUGGGGCUAUCUGAAUGCCUUGUGGCAACAUCUGCUAAUUUGACAGAGAUCUAAUGGCCAGUUUGGUUCCUGUUUCACACGCAGGGGCCCCUGUGCAAAAUAUUUGUCAUUGCUUUUGUUGCUGGUGUUCCCUGCCUUCUUUUCUGUUGACGUUUGUCAGGUGCAGAGCUGGGGGUUUCACAGUGGUAUUUGUUCACAUUGUUUAUUUCCUUCUAAUCGGCACCAAUCUUGUAUUUCACAGUUUGCACUUUUUGUAUUUCAAUAAAAAUGGAAAUGUAAUCCCA